UUAUGAAUCAACAGUCUAUAAAAUAUCUGAUUAAUUAGAUUAGAAAGGUUAACAGUUAAGAUGAUAAAACAAUAGGAGAAGUAUCAAAUAAAAUUAAAUAUAUGAAAAGUUUUUAUAACUAGUUAGAUAAAUGUAUGACGUAAAAUAGAAAGGAGAUUGCAUGAAUUUGAUAGCGAAUGGUUUUGCAAGUGUUCUUUUAGAGAUAAUCUUUAAAGUAUUAUGAUUAAUUUGAAAGUAGUUUAACUUAAUUGAUGAAAAUGAUAGAAUGGAAGCAUUUAUAUUUUAUAGAGAUCUUUUACAAUACGAAUUUUAAAAUGCAGAUCGAUAAUUAAGAAAAUCAGAUGAUUAAUUAGAAUCAUAUAGAUUAAUUAAAUUAUUGCCUAAGUAAUUAUAUGAAGUACUUAAAAUCUAAUCAUAUUUAGCUUUUUUUAGAUGAUGGUGAUGGAACAACUAUUUUUACUAAUUUAUGUAGAGAAUGGAAUACACCCAAUUUGGUUUGGACUUAAACAAUGAUCAAAGAAAUGCUACUUAUUUAUAUUGAGUAUAUUUUUAACCUUAUUGAAGAUAUAACAAUUAAAUUUUGAAAAAGCCAUCUUGUGAUUAUAGUUAGAUUUUUCCAAUUAAUUCACCAUUGUAAUUUUAAAUGAAUAAUAUAUAGAUUUCCAGAAUUAAGAAAUGAGACAUUUGUUGAAAAUAUGAUGCUCAAAGAAUAUAAUAUCUAACCUAAUUGGUAAACUGAUGAAGGACUUAUUGAAUUUAUGAAAGAAUUAAUUGAAUCAAUCAAUUAAUCACUUAAAUUAUAUUUAGAAGGAAACUUCACUAAUUCUGAAUUCUCUAUCAGACAAUUUGAAAGAUUAACUUGCAAAUUAUUAACUCAACUUACAUCAUUUGAAUUAGCUUUAGAAUAGUAUUUCUUUAAUUCGUAACAUCCAGAAUUUGAGUAGGAAUUAAAAUUAUUAGAAGAUUAUGAUUAAUCUUAAAUCAAUAAAUUACUUAAAGAUUAAUAAGAUAAUAUCCCUCCUAUGAUCAUUGAAAGUAUUUGGAAAUGGUUAGAAUUAAUUAAUAUUGAUCACAUUACUAUCCAUCCAUUAAUUAAAUCUUGCUUAAUUCAAAUCCAUUAUAUACUUAUUUAAUCAGAAAUAGCUUUGAUUUUUCUGGAUUAAAUUGAUACUCUUAGUAUAUCUUUAAAUAUUUGUCUGAAAAUUUUAAAUAGUCAAUAACAUAAAUGUAAUUUUUAAAUAAUAUUAAAAAGAUGAUAAAUUUUUAGCAUUAGUAACCAUCUGUGAUAUGAUAACAUUCAAGAAUUUUAUUACAAAAUUAGACUCAAAACAUUUUAAUUAAAUAUUGUCAAUCUAUUAAAUUGUUAUUUAAGAUGAUUAAUUGAUAAUCAAUGCUUUUAAAAAUUUAAUUGCACUUCUAUAUACAGAUUCUUCUAUAUCUACUGAUUUCAAUAAAUUUUUGCUUCAAUAAAAAGUACCAAUCAAAUCAAGUGAUCUCUAAAUAUUAUAAAAUAAAGAUUUUAAUUAAUUCAAAAUCUGGAGGAAAUAAUUUGAUGAGAAUUAUAAAAUAUCUACAUAUGAAGAAUUACCAUAAAUUUCUAAAGGAUAUCCUAUAUUUCCUAUUAUUUCUUAAUGUUCAAUUUAAUAAUUACCACAUAAAUCUGACAUUUUAGAAAACAGAUUGAAAAUGAUAGAAAAAUAUUAUGAUGAAUAUGUAUCCAAUUUAUAAUCUGGAAAAAUUGUAGAUGUUAAUAUGAAUUUAAAUUCGGAAUAUGAACCUUAGACAGAGUAAAUUUCACUAAGAUAAUCCUCAUUAGGAAAAGAAUAAUCAGAUGAUAUAUUGAUUGGUGAUGAUGAAAUAUUUUCAUGAAAAUGUAAAUUAAUCAUAUUUUAG